CUUCCUCUUAUUCCCUUCCUACUUUGACACAUUUUUCGCAGAACCUGAAGAACUGUCCCGCACUUGGCAUCAGAGCAACAAUGGCUUCCAUGACCAUGGCUGCUUCAUUCAUGGGUGGUGCAAUGACCAAAAACCCCUUAUCUUCAACCCCUCGCAGGAGCCUCAUAGUGGCCAAAGCCACAGAGGGCGAAAGGGUCAAUGUGGAAGCCAUGAAGAGCAGAAAGGAAGAAGGAGGUAACAGUGGAAGGAGGGAUCUGGUGUUUGCUGGCGCAGCUGUGGCUGCAUGCUCCAUCGCCAAGAUUGCUUUUGCUGAAGAAGAGCCUCAGCGAGGAACCCCAGAAGCUAAGAAGAAAUAUAAUGCUAUUUGUGUCACUAUGCCUACUGCUCGUGUUUGCCGCAAGUGAAUGAAUUUAAGUCAUUUUGCCUUUUUCCAUUUCUCCUCGAUCACUGUUAUUUCUAAGAGCUUCAUGUACAAUACUAUUAUGAUCAUGUAAUCCAACUCUCUCUUUCUCAUUCUGCAUAAUUGUGUCUUCUUCCAAAUAUGAA